AUGACUUCGUUUCGGCGGUUUCAUCUUGACGUUUGGGCUAUUCUAACGCUGAUCCUUCAAAUCAUCUUCUACGGCAUAUCUUUUACUGGUUAUAGUACCCCCUAUUUGGCUGUAACCGUUGCUCGUGUUCUUCCGCCACAUUGCUGGGUAUGGACGCUACUAACUUUCAGCUUCUACAACACUCGUAUUCUUCAUGUCCUGCUUGACAUGACCACCGUUUAUCUCGUCGAUGUGGUAAUGUUUCCUUCGUGGAAAAUGGCUGAGGUGGUUCGCUGUUGUGCUAUAUCGCAACUUAUCUCAACAGGUCUUGCAGUUUGUACACUCUUUAUUGGCUAUGCAUGUACAUUUGAUACUAACCUUCUCUGGACAACACCGAUUUGCGGUUUGAGUUCCCUUCUCGGCGCCGCAUUAGUUGUUGCUCGUCAGCUCACUCCGAAUAAUGUUCUUGCGAACCUUCCACUGGGAAAGUUUCGCACCAAGCACAUCGCGUUCACGAUUUUCUUUUGUUUCCUCCUCUUCGCUAUUCUUCGGAUCAUCGACUAUGUUCGCUUCCUCUUAUUAACAUAUGGGGCAUUUGUCACCUGGGUAUAUCUUCGGUUCUUUCAAAGACACAGCAAUGGAGACAUCGGCGACACAUCAGAUGCCUUUAAAUUUUCUGGUUUCUUUCCGAAUCACCUAGAACCACCGGUAUCGAUUGCAUCCAAUGCUAUCUACAAUCUGCUCGUUAAGUUGCGUCUUUGUCGCUCUCAAAUAGUUUUCGACACGGAGUACUUAGAUCCUUCGUUUUCUAUCCGGGUGGUUGAUAAUGCUGAUGCUCGAAAACCCGAAUCUUCCCUGGUUAAGCAAAAUGCAAAUCAAGAAACAUAUCUGCCAAAAGAAGUCUCAGUAAAGCCCCCGUCAGCUGAUGUUGAUUUGUCUCAAACGUCACCCUGA